UACUGUGUAGUGUCCAGGGCCUCUGUGAAUGUUGAGAAUGUGAACCGAAAAUAAAACCAGUCUGCCAGGUUAUGUGGUUUUUCUCGAGCUAAAUGCUAGGAGCAAACCCAGAGAAGCUAGAAUGGCUGAAUUCUUCUAGAGUGGGAGUUUUGAAAGCAAGCAAGCAAGCAAAUCUGGAAAUCCUUAAGAUGAACAGGCAGUACCCUGAGCCAAAACACAAAAUGAAAACAAAACACCUAAAACAAUGCAUAGAAAUUCAUGAGCUUAUAGAAUACAGACCUUUUUAUCUAAGGUAAUUAUUAACUAGCAGGGAGUAAUUACAAGUUGGCUUGAUUUCUAGCAUUUUGUAGGAAGGGAUUGAAUUUGUUGCUUUCACUCUUGUCGGAUUCUUACCUUUCCAGUUGCCUGGACUGGAUAUCACUUUGGCAAAUCUCAGUGCCUUUACCUGCUCCAGGAGCCAUCAUACUGGGCUUUUUACUCUUCUUGUCUUAGUUGCUAGAACUGUCAUUGUCAUUUUAAAUUCUGAUUGCCUAACAGUUGCUGUGACGGCCUUUAUUGGGUGCCUAGGUUUUAAAGAAGCUAGAGUACCAGAGAAGACCUUUGAAGUGUGAAGAGAUUUUCUGUAAUUGAAACCAAAAUGUCAUUUAUAGAUCCUUAUCAGCACAUUAUAGUGGAGCACCAGUAUUCCCACAAGUUCACAGUAGUGGUGUUACGUGCCACCAAAGUGACAAAGGGGGCCUUCGGUGACAUGCUUGAUACCCCAGAUCCCUAUGUGGAACUUUUCAUCUCCUCAACCCCUGACAGCAGGAAGAGAACAAGACACUUCAAUAAUGACAUAAACCCAGUGUGGAAUGAGACCUUUGAAUUUAUUUUGGAUCCUAAUCAGGAAAAUGUUUUGGAGGUCACAUUAAUGGAUGCCAAUUACGUCAUGGAUGAAACUCUAGGAACAGCAACAUUCCCCAUAUCCUCUAUCAGAGUGGGAGAGAAGAAAGAGGUUCCUUUUAUUUUCAACCAAGUCACUGAAAUGUUUCUGGAAAUGUCUCUUGAAGUUUGUUCAUCCCCAGACCUCCGAUUCAGUAUGGCUCUGUGUGAUCAGGAGAAGACUUUCAGACAACAGAGGAAAGAAAACAUAAAGGAAAACAUGAAGAAACUCCUGGGUCCAGAGAAGAGUGGAGGCCUGUAUUCUACGCGCGAUGUGCCUGUGGUGGCCAUACUGGGCUCAGGUGGAGGGUUCCGAGCCAUGGUCGGAUUCUCCGGUGUGAUGAAGGCACUAUAUGAAUCAGGAAUUUUGGACUGUGCUACUUACGUUGCUGGCCUUUCUGGCUCCACAUGGUACAUGUCAACCUUAUAUUCUCACCCUGAUUUUCCAGAGAAAGGGCCAGAGGAGAUUAAUGAAGAGCUAAUGAAAAAUGUUAGCCACAACCCCCUUUUACUUCUCACACCACAGAAAGUUAAGAGAUACAUUGAGUCUCUAUGGAAGAAGAAAAGCUCUGGGCAACCUGUCACCUUUACUGACAUCUUUGGGAUGUUAAUUGGAGAAACACUAAUUCACAAUAGAAUGAACACUACCUUGAGUAGUCUGAAGGAAAAAGUCAAUUCUGCACAAUGCCCUUUACCCCUUUUCACCUGUCUCCAUGUCAAACCUGAUGUUUCGGAGCUAAUGUUUGCAGAUUGGGUUGAAUUUAGUCCAUAUGAGAUUGGCAUGGCUAAAUAUGGUACUUUUAUGGCUCCUGACUUAUUUGGAAGCAAAUUUUUUAUGGGAACAGUUGUGAAGAAAUAUGAAGAAAACCCCUUGCAUUUCUUAAUGGGUGUCUGGGGUAGUGCGUUUUCUAUAUUGUUCAACAGAGUCUUGGGAGUUUCUGGCUCACAAAAUAAAGGUUCCACAAUGGAGGAAGAACUAGAAAAUAUUACAGCAGAGCAUAUUGUGAGUAAUGACAGCUCGGAUAGCGAUGAUGAAUCACAAGAACCCAAAGGCACUGAAAAUGAAGAUGCUAAAAGGGAAUAUCAAAAUGAUAACCAAGCAAGUUGGGUCCAUCGUAUGUUAAUGGCUUUGGUGAGUGAUUCAGCUUUAUUCAAUACCAGAGAAGGACGUGCUGGGAAGGUACACAACUUCAUGUUGGGCUUGAAUCUCAAUACAUCCUAUCCAAUAUCUCCUCUGAAAGACUUUACCACACAGGAAUCGUUGGAUGAAGAUGAAUUGGAUACAGCUGUUGCAGAUCCUGAUGAAUUUGAGCAAAUAUAUGAGCCUCUGGAUGUCAAAAGUAAAAAGAUUCAUGUAGUGGACAGUGGCCUCACAUUUAACCUGCCAUACCCCUUGAUCCUGAGACCUCAGAGAGGAGUCGAUCUCAUUAUCUCCUUUGACUUCUCUGCACGACCAAGUGACUCUAGUCCUCCAUUCAAGGAACUUCUACUUGCAGAAAAGUGGGCCAGAAUGAACAAGCUUCCAUUUCCAAAGAUUGAUCCCAAUGUGUUUGAUCGAGAAGGACUGAAGGAAUGCUAUGUCUUUAAACCCAAGAAUCCUGACGUUGAGAAAGAUUGCCCAACUAUCAUCCACUUUGUUCUGGCCAACAUCAACUUCAGAAAUUACAAGGCACCAGGUAUCCCAAGAGAAACUAAGGAAGAGAAAGAAAUAGCUGAUUUUGAUAUUUUUGAUGACCCCGAAUCACCAUUUUCAACCUUCAACUUUCAAUAUCCAAAUCAAGCAUUCAAAAGGCUGCAUGAUCUCAUGUACUUCAACACCCUGAACAACAUUGAUGUGAUAAAGAACGCCAUAGUUGAAAGCAUUGAAUACAGAAGACAGAAUCCGUCUCGUUGCUCGGUUUCUCUUAGUAAUGUUGAAGCAAGACGAUUCUUCAACAAGGAAUUUCUAAGCAAACCUGCAGCAUAGUUUGUGUUGUGGAAAGGGUAGCAAUUUCUGAAGCUGAGGCAGUUUGAAAUGCCAUUACUACUGGAUUUGAAAACAGUAUAGAUGUUAGUACUGAUCACAAGAGACUGGCUGAUACUCAAAGUUGAAGUUACUUAGCCGCGUGAGAAUUAUACUGUUAUAAAUUUGUUAGGUUGGCAGAUGAUGUGAUCAUGUAAAAUUAUGCUCAGCUACAUUCUCUGUCAGUAUGAAUUUCCUGAUGCAAAUGUAGGGACAUACACUGUCGCUAAGACAUUCCUCACCAACUAUCUUAUGUGUCCUCUUUUUAAAAAAUUGUUUUCUUUUAAGAAUCUUUAACGGUUCAGUCUCAAUAAGUAAGAUUUCGCAUUGUGUGUAAAUGUUAUUCACUGACUGGAUUUAUUCAUACCACGAGACAACACUAUUUUUUAUUUAUAUUAUGCAUACAUACAUACAUGAAAUAAAUACAUCAAUAUGCAAUUAACAUAA